AAGUUUAAUCUGUUUCUGUAGGUGUGUUGUUGUUGUUUUUGAGAGAUUUUUUACUUUUUAUUUUCUUUUCCAUUGGUACCGUAUAAUUAAAAUAUAUUACAAUCUUACUUUUAGUUGAUGCUAAAUGGAAAUGCUUUACAGGUUUAUCAGGUUUUCAGGGAAAUAAAAUAUAAAGCUUUAUUCCGGUACAUCAUAACCUUUAAACAACAAAUUAAAAUUACACCAAUCUUUAAAACACCUAUAAAACCGCUAAUUUAUUUAUAUUUAUCAAGGAAUCAAGUAAGUAUGUCUGAUUCAUCAGAAGAUGAGGAUCUUUCUAAGUUCAAAGAGGCAGUAGAUACAUCGUUUGUGAAGUUAAUUAAUGAAAGUAAAGGCAAAACUUUGCAGUAUAAUAAAACAGAACAACCUCGCUCAGAGAGGUAUUUAAAAAUAUCUUCCCAUUACAAUGAUGUUAAAGUGCCCAAAGAAAUGCAAAAAUGCAUCGGUGAUAAAAUAUCAGCUAUAAUCAACAAUCUGGUGGAAUUUGUGGAUACUGAACAUAAUGUAAAAAAACACAAAAUCAAAGGUGGUGUCAAACUGUUCAAUGACUCUGAAGGCUAUUUAUCCUGCGAAGAGGUAAAAGAUACAUACACAGAAGCACAUAAUAGGAAUUCGAAAAAUGUUAACAAGUCAUCCAGAAAGCGACUGCUGGAUGAAGAUGUCCAAGAGGCUGAUGAAAGUGUUAAAAUUGAAGCAGCUGUAGUUACUGGUGAUUUUGUACUGUCAAAAAAGGAAACUCAACAUUGGUUGUCAAGGAGAAAAGAAAAACUUUUCAAGUAUAAAGCGGUUGGAAAAAACAAAAAUGUAUUAAUAGGGGUAAAAAAUAGAUAGAUGGUACGAGUAUUUAUAGCACUGUAGAAAAUUUAUUUAAAUAAAUAUUAACAAAAUUUAAAA